CUGAUAUCUACCAAUAAAAUAAGGAAUUGUAAUAUACAGGUUGGGAUCUAAAUGUUCCUAUUUACAGUAUGCGCGCUGAUAAAAGUAGUCCUGCAGUGUGUUUACUUGUUCAAAGUACUAGGUCAUCCAUCCAUCCGUUUUUGUCAGUCAACAUCUAAAUGUCUACCAAUAAGCACAAAAGUUUGAACUUUUCUUGUAUUUUAGUGAAGUAAUUAACAAAAGGUAAACAUGGUGGGCUGUAAGCUACUAGGAGCUAGCAGCUACAUAGCAGCUAAGCACACAAUAGCUCAGAAGCUAGACAUACUGUAUGUACAGCGAGUCUGGGUUAGUCUUUUCUGCAUCCCUCACUUGAAGCUUGAGUGAAAAAUGCGUAAAGAAUGCUCUACCGACCUGAUGAGUACAAACGAGAAAGAGAUAAUAUAGUAUCAUCCGCUCACAGAUGUUACCUGGUGGUUGUUACAGCACACUGCAGCUAGUCCUGGGUAGUCUCACUCCUUAAUGCCUCAAUCACAUGCAGGAUUCUCACAGGAACGAGGCAAAGAUACAUCACCAACUGUAGUUGUCGUUAUUUGAACAACAUUGCACCACAAUUAUCAAAUAAUUAAAAUUGCAUAUCACGUAUGUAUACAAAGUCUGAUAGUAGAAACUUGAAAGUAACCAGUCACAAAUGUGUCCGCAUCAUUGAAUUUACUGCAUCAUAAGCUUAACUUAAUGAUGCAACUAGGUGUCCCAAAAAACAAUUCACUCUCUACUUCAAUUUAAAGACAGCUUAAGUUAAUUUCAGUCCGAUAGUAAUACAGUAGUUGUUCUGUGUGACUAUUUUCACUUGAUCAAACUUUUUUUAACAUUCCACUACAAAAUAAAAGUAUGUAUGAUUGGUGCUAAUAUCGUAUCAGGUCAAUGUUUUUAUUGUGUCGGAAAUUGAAAAAGUUGUACAGUUUGUAAUUGUUAUGAUAGUAAUUGUAAGCUUCGACUAUGCAGACCACAAAAUAGCCCCCAGGCCGUACUGUGCACACUGCUGCCCGAUCGGAUUUGUCGAAUUGCAUAGGUGAUUAUAGGUUGUUGGGUUUUAUUGCAAAAACGUAUACAGUUAUUUAUAAUGUUCUCUUUUAUAAGUCAAAAAUAUUGUUGGAUUCACUUUAUAUAACCACUGUAACCAUUGAAAAAUAUAUUUUUAUUUAUUCUCCAUCUUCAGCAGGCUUUGACUCAGACGGAUUUGAAUGAAAACUUAUAAAGCAUGGACAUGUGUAAGAAUUAUGCACAAGCUGUGAUAUACAGAGACGUUGGAAUAGGUCUGUGCUUUUCAGGAUUCUAUUCUGGGAAAACUGCAAACUGUUGAGAUUUCGUCACUUUUUUAAAGGUUUUUUGUCAUGCAUUGCGCAGCUUUUCAAAAUGUACUUUGUGCACUGACUCUUAAAUCAAUUAACUACAUUCAUAGAUUUAUUGGGUAUUCGUUUGGGAAUGAUGGCUCAUUUUUUACUUUACUAGUUGUUUCAGUAUUAUACAAUUGUUUUGUGUUUCUCCAAUAGCUCCAGUUACUGUGCCUCGUAAUGUAAUUUUUAUGAUGAGUCCUUUUUUUCUCAGGACUGGUAGUUCAGUUCAGUUCAGUUGAUCUGGAUAUUUGUCAAACUUCCGUCUCUUGGUCUGCUUUAACAAAUUUCUAAGAGAACGAUAACAGUGGCAGACAAAACAAGCUAUGAAAAUGUGCCGCGUAUUCAAGGCUAGUGAUGCCGGCAUAUCAUGAUUACCUUGUCUGCAACUUAAACACACGAAAAAUAUGUUGUGAAAUAAACUAGUCUUGUGGUAUUCAAGAAAGUUUGUUCAGAAUUGUUUUUGUCCUUGUUAGCAGCUCUUUUCAAGGCUGCAUGGCCCACUUUUACACACCAUUGUUAUACAUUGAGCAUAACUCUGGACGAGGCCGUGAGGCGUAUGAGGGAGGUGCUUAAGUACCCACAUAAGAGGGGAGAAGACGGUCUGACUUCCAGGUUAGUGUGUCCCACCCAUACUGUUGUGUAAAGGUUUACUGUUGGGUUACAAGUCAACAUGGUGGCUAUUCAGACGGAAGUUUCUCCAUGCUUGCAGCAUUGGCAGAGACCUUUGCACGUCUACGGCGGGCUAGUGUGCAACUCUCUGAUGGCUGACUCCUGGUCGGACCGAAGUCCCCUGCAUGAAGCGGCCUAUCACGGCAGACUUCUCCAAUUGAGGACCCUUGUAGCCCAGGGCGUCCAUGUCAACACACUCACUAUGAAUGCGGUCUCCCCUCUCCAUGAGGCCUGCCUGGGUGGUCAUUACGCUUGUGCAAAGUACUUGCUGGAUCACGGUGCAAAUGUGCACCAGGUGUCAUCUGACGGCGCCACACCUCUCUUCAACUCAUGCAGCAGCGGUAGUGCCGCCUGCGUCCGGCUCAUUCUGCAGCGUGGCGCCUCAGUCCACCCCGCGCACCAACUUGUGUCCCCCGUCCACGAGGCGGCAAAGAAGGAUCAUUCAGAGUGUUUGGACCUGCUGCUGGCCUACGGAGCGCACAUUGACAUGGAGAUUCCCACGAUGGGGACGCCUCUGUAUUCCGCCUGUAUGGCCUCCGCCGCAUCCUGCGUGCGUGUGCUACUACACUCCGGAGCAGACGUUCGACUUGGGUGCGGACAAGACAGUCCGUUGCACGCCGCAGUCAGAGGGGGUGGGGCCACAGUCGUGGACUUUCUCUUGGACUUUGGUGCUGAUCGCUGCUGCGUGAACACUGAAGGCAAGACCCCGCUAGAUGUGGCAGCACCAAACAGCAGAGUGAGAGCUACACUUCAAAGCAGAGGUCCUGGCUCGCUCUCUCAGCUCUGUCGCUGCUCUAUUCGGAGAAGUUUGGGCAGGAGUCGCCUCCACAGAGCUUCCAGCCUCAUCCUCCCACGUACUAUCCAGGGCUACCUCCUCUACCAGUGACGUACCUUGGCCAUGCAUGUUGGUUUAGCUUUCAUACUGCAUACUUUUAAAACCUCUUUUCAAUUUAUUGUAUGUACCUUGGUCUAUGUUCUACUGCUCAAAUCAACUGUACACAUUAAAUACUAA